AUGAUCAAUUCAACCUUAUUCAGCAAACCUAAAUAGAGACAGAUCUAUUUAAUUUAUGCAUCUCGCAAUUAUACAUAACCAAAACCAACUCCACGAACUCAUCUUAAAUUACCUAAUUGUUCUCCUUAGUCUAGAAUUAAUGAUAACAAAUUAAAAAAAAAAAAUAGCAUUUUUACACCCAGAAUACAAAGAUCAUAAUAAUAGAGUCCUGUUAUUAGAUAAUAAAUUAGAAUUAGAGAUUCAAGUGAAAGCAUUAUGAAAGAGUUAGAAUUAUCAGGGAACGAAGAUUUGAAGGAAAUAAACAAGAGUUUACUUUUGACUUCCUAAGAGAUUAAUAAGAAAAUGCAAUUUAGUAUAGAAUCAUAUUUAAACAAUACAUUAAAAUAAAAGAAAAUCAAUCAUAACCUUAAUAAUAUGAUUGACUUUGAUUUGACAUAAGAUAAUAAUUCUUUUCAUUCAUUUGAAUUCUCGAGAAGUCGUAGAGAUACUCCUCUUUAACCAAUCAAAGUUUAUCAUAAAAAGUGA